UCACGCAAAGUUUUUGAAAAUUUUGAAAAUUCAUAAACUAAAUACAACUCAAGUAUUUUUAAAGUUUUCAAAAUCGUUAUUUAGUUUUUUAGCUACUUUUUCCUUGUCUUCUAACACUGAAGUUAUAGCACUUUUUUCAAGCGUUGUACAGCCUUUAAACCUUUUAUUGAAUAUAAACUUUUAGAGAAAUGUUUAUGAUUUCACACAUUUGUGUUAUCGCAUUGAUUGCUUUGAAAACCAAUGCUUUGUCCCAAAAUCAAACAUUUAUGCUUGCUGUAUACUACAUAAAGAAAUGCGUAAGUCCGGCUAUAGUUAAUUACGAUUUAUUAACAAAACCAUUGGGCAACUGUGCAACUACUACAGGACGCUACUUGGAUUGUUUGAACAACACUAAAAAUAACACAAUAUAUAAUCAUCCUUGUCCUUAUCUUUUUUUUAAGUCAGGUGUCAUACCUGUUUUGUGUAAAAAUGGAACAUUUGGAAAAGUUGAUUAUACUUCUUACUGUUCAAAAAUAACUGAUGAGGAGAAAAACAAUAGAGAAUUUUUGGUGUUUUAUGAAGCAGGAAUAAUAUCAAAAUGGUUGUACCUGCCAUAAUAUCUUUUGCAAUAUUUUUACCAUUAAUGCUCCAAUACUCAGCAGAUAAACGUUUUACAGUAUGUUGGAAUAAUCAUAGUGAUUCUCGGAUAUAUUAUGCAAUUUUUGUACCAAUGUACUUAUUAGUUGGCAAUAAUGUACUUAUAUUGUUGUAUCUAAUGUGGAUAAUUAGAAGCAAGCUUAAAAGUGGUACUGGUUGUGAACUUGAGAAAUCAAGGAAAGCUGCUCGAAGUUUUUUUAUUCUUGUGUUUUUACUUGGUGGUGGUUAUAUUUUUGUAAGUACUGGACCAAAUGACUGCAUACCAUUUCAAUAUCUUCAAGUUAUUCUUAUUGUUCCUCAGGGUAUUUAUGUCUGCAUAUUUCAAAUUUUUAUCAGUAAAGAAAUACGAAAUUCUGCAAGGUUAAAGAUAAAUCGCCUCAAACAAAAAUCAUCUAUUCCACGAUUUAUUUCUCAAUCAACUCACAGCACUUCAACAAGUAUUAUAAAGAGAAUUAGUGCUGGGGUUUUUACUCGUAAAGGAUCGGAUUUAAAAUUCACUAGAACCAAAUCAACGGUGAAUACAAGUUCAAGUGUGGUUUUUAAUCUUAAUUUACAAGUAUGUAACAAUAGAAAUGACUUAUUAACAUUAGGAACAAAAAAUGCCGGAUUUGAAUCCGAGUUGCGGUAAUUACUUUCAUUCAUCUGGUGGUUUUUUCUAUGUAUUUAAUGCUAUUUGUUUUAAAGUAUUGAAAAAUGUAUUCAUAACAAUGUAUCACAUAGUUUAAAAAGACUUAUCAAGUAUUGAAGCAAACGGUACUAAACCCAUAUAUGUUAUUGACGUUAAACACUUUUGAACAGAAAAUUCAGUGAGAAUGUUUUCAACUUUUACCUUACAUUUUAUGUUAGUUGUCAUUUGAAGCACAUGUAAAUAAAUAAUGUAUUUAUACAAUUAUUUACCUAUAUAUUUUUAUAAAGUAUUGUAAUAAUAUUCCUAGGGUAACAAAUAUAACAACUUUACUUAUAAUAAAGUUACUGUUA